UCAAUAAUGAUUCAACAAGCUCAAUUCAAUGUUCAAAUGGCUGAAGAAGACCGAUGGCUGACACAAUAUCCAAACAUGGAAAUGAUUGUAAACAAUAAAGGACCGAAACCUAUUUUCCCAGAACUCAACUUCAAUAUAACUGGAUUGGAAGAGAAAUCGAGAUACGUUGUACUUCUUUCAAUUCAAAAAUUCGAUAAUAUCAGAUAUGGAUUCAAAAAUGGAAAAUGGGGACCUUCAAAAGUCCGUCAUGCAACGAAAAAAGAACAAGAAAUUAAAUAUUUCCUACAUCCAGAUGGAACAAAACUUGGAGAGGAAUUGAUGAAGGAAACUAUUAAAUUUGAUACAGUCAGGAUUACUAAUCACAAAAAAUUCAUGGACAAGGAUAAUGUGUUUUUCGUGGAAACAAUGCACAAGUAUGUUCCAGUCCUCACUGUCAAAAAUAUCACGAAUGUUGAAUCUGCAAAUCAUUCUAUGAGAAUGGAAGUAGCCCAAUUUUUCCCAGUCACAGUAUACAAUCAAGAAUCGAUCGGAAAUUGGAAAUCUAAAUUUCACAAGAACGCAACUUUUGAAAAUAGAUUGGAUGGGGGAAACAAGAGGAAAAAUACUAAUUCGAGAGAAGAGCCAUCGUCAAAACGAUCAAAAAAUGAAACAGAAAUUGCUGUUUUGGAUAUCCUUCAAGUUGCCUCACAAUCAGAAAAUUAUAAUGAGUCCACGAAUUCUGGAAGGCUUCAAAAUGAGAUCAGUUCCUCUAUUCACCAGUUCCCAUCAACUUCCUAUCAAAAUCAAUAUCCACAUGCGUAUCCAACAGUCAAUACUCCACCAAUUUAUGCUCAGCAAUUUCCAGCUCCAUUUGAUGAAAAGCAAAAUCAAUUCUAUCCAAAAACUGAUGAAAAUCUGGCGCCAAACUGUGCUCAAGAUGCUUCAAGUUUGCCAAACUUUGCGAUGAAUCAAAAGGCUUCUUUUGCAAAUCAAUAUCCAUAUCAUCCAUAUUACCAUCAAUAUUCUCAGCUUGAUCAUGGAUCUCCAUAUCAGUACAUGAAUAACUCCAUCAAUUCCGACUCCUCUUUCCAGUCAUCAUUUUCUACUGAAAAUUCGUAUUUUGAUGACAAUGGAAACCCAAUUCAUUAUCCCUAUUAUCCUUACAAAUAAUUUGUAUCUUCAUUUCUGUAUGAGUACCUCCUUAUCAUGUUUUCCAGUGAGUUUCACGGUUUUUUUUUCCAUAUUUCCCCUCUAAAAACCAAC